GGUCGCACACGCGGGCAAACCCGGAAGUCUUCUGCAGCGAGUUUUCUGGUUCUGUCUGUGCUCUUCUUUUAGACGCUAUACUCACAAUUGCCAGUCGCAAUAACUGCUUGUUAAUAAUAAUUUGGCUUCGGGGUGAUUUUUCGUGAUGGAUGAUACAGUUUUAAGUUUGAAAACACAGCUGUUGGAAAAAGAGAGCGAGAUUGUAGCUUUAAAGAAGAAACUUGCUCAGUUGGAAAAGGGAAACUCAGUAUUAACAGAGUUACAGGAGAAAGUUAUCAAUCUCCCACCGCUGAAAUCAAACACAGCGCUGAACAAUGAAGACAUCAUGAGAUACAGCAGACAGCUUCUCCUGCCAGAACUGGGGGUUAAAGGUCAGGUUGCCAUCAGUAAUGUGUCGGUUCUGGUUGUGGGAUGUGGAGGUUUAGGUUGUCCUGUGGCUCAGUAUCUGGCUGCAGCUGGAGUAGGACGUUUGGGUCUGUUGGACUAUGAUGUGGUGGAGCUGAGUAACCUGCACAGACAGGUGCUUCAUACAGAACUGACUCAGGGUCAGCCUAAAGCCCUGUCUGCCGCCCAGGCCAUCAGCAGGCUGAACUCCAGGGUUCAGUGUGUCCCAUAUCACCUCCAGCUCUCCAGAGAGAAUGCCCUACAGCUCAUUCAACAGUAUGACAUUGUGGCCGACUGCUCAGACAACGUUCCUACACGUUACCUUGUGAAUGAUGCCUGUGUUCUGACCGGCAGGCCUUUGGUGUCAGCGAGUGCUUUACGAAUGGAAGGACAGCUGACAGUGUACAACUGUAGAGGAGGGCCGUGUUACAGGUGUCUGUACCCCGCACCACCUCCUCCUGAGACCAUCACCAACUGCUCUGAUGGAGGGGUUCUGGGAGUGGUGCCUGGAAUAAUGGGUUGCCUUCAAGCAUUGGAAGUUCUGAAAAUUGCGUCCGGUCAAGGAUCCUCAUUUGAGAAGCAGCUGUUGAUGUUUGAUGGUCAGGAGGGGCGUUUCCGCUCCAUACGGCUGCGGCCCAAGCAGGCCGAGUGUGCGGUGUGUGGAGAGACGCCCACGGUGACUGAGCUCCAGGACUAUGAGCAGUUCUGUGGCUCCGCUGCGACGGAUAAGUGUCGAAGACUGAAUCUUCUAACCAAAGAACAGAGAGUCUCUGUGCAGGAGUACAAAGCCAUUUUAGACAGCUCAGCCCCUCAUCUCCUCCUUGAUGUUCGACCCAAAGUAGAGGUGGACAUUUGCCAUCUGCCAAUCUCAAUCAAUAUUCCACUUUCUAGUUUAGAGAAUAAGAAGACUGAGCACCUCACACUUUUAAAAGAUACAGUUAGCGACCUGAAACAGCAGAUGAGCAUCAAAUCUCAAGUGCCAGUGUUUGUGGUUUGCAAACUUGGCAAUGACUCCCAGAAGGCUGUUCAGCUGCUGGAGAAAAUGUCUGGAGAAGAAGUUGAUCAGAUCGCUGUGAAGGACGUCGUGGGAGGACUGAUGGCCUGGGCUAACAAGAUAGACCCCUCUUUUCCUCAAUAUUGACUCUCAUUAAUAAUUAUCUGUAUUCAUGUAGUUAACGAAAGAAAUAAAGUUGAAAUGAUUUUACAUAAUCAAUGUACUUGUAUUUUAUUAAUUUUAUUAUUGGUAUGAAUUUUCAUGGGACCUCACCACCCCCUGCCUUUUGUUGUUUAAUGUAUAUUUUAAUGUGUGUAAUGUAAUCAAACUGGUUUCUUUAUUUAUACUAAUUCUAGUAAUAGUUAUUCUUAUUCUGUACCUUUAAUUUUAUACUAAGAUUUAUCAUAUUUAUCUUAUUACUAAGUUGUCAUUAUCGCUUGAUACAUUUUAUACAGCACAUGGCUGUAGCGAUACAUUUUUUUUUUUCAAAAACAAACUAUACCUUUUGGAAUAUAUAUUUAAAUAAUGUAUAAUAUAAACAAAAUAAAGAGAUCAGACAAGUUAUUAUUAUAUAUAUAUAUUUUUUUAGAUCAGCCAUGAAUAAGCCAUUUUGCAUCACAAAUGUUUACGAAUCAUGACAAGACAAACUAAUAUAUGAAUUUUAAAAGAUGACCUUGUUCAAAAGUUAAACAUAGGUCUAUGUAAUUAUUUGAAUGGGGUCGUUUGUAAUCUGUGAUUGUGAUGUAUGUUAUUGUGAAAUAGAUUGGGGUAAUAAACUAAACAAAACACA